AAUGGUCUGGCAGCUCUGCAAAUCACCUGCUGUUAUCAGUUUUAAAUCAAAAUAAAAAGAUAUAUUUUGUAUAAUUAGUCAAUUGAAAGUAAAUAUGGGACAAGUGUCUUCCAUGGUGGCACGUAGAGUCAAUCGAUUCAAUGCCGAAAACCGGGCACAUCGUGUACUGGAACGAGAGAAACCCACACCGGCUCCCAAAUUUGAGUCCAAUCUGCGCGACAUGGAUCGAACUCUUGAAUUGGAUCCAAAAUUCGUGGACAAAUUAAAUACAAAAGACGCCAGCUUGGACACACGGUUGAAAGAUGUUUAUGUAACCUCGCAGGAUCGAUUCAUCCAACGCGUACAAGAUCGUCACGCCCAAGAAGCAAAAGAUAGUGAACGACCGCUACCGGCAGAGCGUCAAACUCCUUCAGAUUUUGAAUUUGGUUAUCUCGAACCCAGUCGCAUCUCAGUUGGUCGUUGCACCCUGCGACAGGCUCUCCAGUUCAUAAACGAUCAUCAAGUCGAAGCUGAAAAAUGGCCAAUCAAAAGGAUAGCCGAUGAGUUUAAGCUCAAAGAGUCGCACGUGGGUGACAUCUUACGCUACUUCAAGACAUUUAAUGUCUAUAUACCUGAUCAUAAAUACCAGGACCGAUUACUGACCCAGUCGCAGCAGAAGAUCAUCUCGGAGCCAUCAAGUGAUAAAUAAAGUAAUUAUCGAUGAAAUGUCAA